GCCACUACGAGUGUGGCCUUUUUUGUGUCUUUCCUGAAGAAAGCAAUCAUCGGGAUCUCGUAAACAGGAACUGGAAGAUAGCAAAAGAGAAGAGCGAGAGAUCGGCUGACCGAGGGCGGUUCCGGACGUGGUGGGCUCUUGGCUACUCAUCAGGUGCGCAGGGUCUGGAAACGUCAUCUCGCUGUGUCUCUCCCUGUCUGCAAAAUCAGAAAAACUUUCAUGUUGCAUAGCACCAGUGUUUGGCUCAAAACUCCAGGUCGCACUUCUUCGCGUCGGUGUUGGCUAGUCAAGCUUUCAACAAGCCAUUUUUUCUUGCCAGAUGACCACACACGCUUGCGUGUCGCGAAGUGCGACUUUUGCACUGUGGCGAAUGACACAGUGUGACGACAACGUCGUGGCCUCUGCUGAUUUUUGUGACCAGAUGUUCUCCUGGGGUGUGACUCGCCAGCAUGGCUGGGACCGGUUGGGCAUACUACAGAAAAUGUGUGCUCUUUUUCAUUCCCUGUUUCAAAGAACUGACGUGUUAUUCAGCAGCGACAGAGACGCAGCCAGAAUCGGCCGCGGGUCCCGUAGAAAAACCCGUCGUUUUGACCCAUCGCGGAAGAUGUUUGUCGGUUCAGUGAUUUGUUUCGCUGUGAUUAUGAGUCUGUAUGCUCGCGUGUCUUUCUGUGCCGAAGGAUCCGACGACAGCGAAGAGGCCGACUCGUCUUCAGAGCGGGGGGCCACUGGACUAACCACACUAAGGGACCCCGAAAAUCGACCACCCAGUAGACAGAAGCCACGAGGUGAAGGAGCUGGGCAGCUCAGACUCCUAGCUUUGUUGAAUACGGCAGUAGCGCCAAGGGAUGUCCAGAGUGUACGUGCUAAGUUAGACGAGAGUCGAAAAAAGCGUCCAAAACGUGUUUUCUUCCAGCGUCCCCCCACACGGGCCUUCGGGGACACUCCGUCCGUUCAGGUUUGGCUCGACUGGAAAAACAAAGUAUUCCACCCGCGUCGCGAUCACCACCCAACUUCUAGCACGAGCAUCAUGACGCAGCCGACAUCUGGUUUUCCUCGACCUUCGGGCGUACCGGCAUCUGGUCCCUCAUCUACACCUGCUGCUCCGCAGACUACACUACCUGUUUCUAGUCCGCCCUCCUCGACACCCUCUGGAACCCCAUUCAGACAGCGUAGCUUGUCAUAUCCGGGUGCCCGAGCACCGGCCAAACGACAAGAGGAACCUACAUAAAGACGUCCUUCUUAGUCAACUGAGUGAUGAGCUUGGUGCCACCAAACAGUCGGUAAAAGUCUUCUUUCGAAGCAUCCAGAAUGUACAAAAUGAAGUCUGCUACCACAACCUGCUGCCGAAGGGCGCGUGCAACUACCAGGCGGGAAUUACGUCCGAAGACGUCGUUAAAGCUGCACUACAUUCAAAGUGGCGAACGUUCUGUCACCCGCGUCUCCAAGGGCACACGUUUGUCCGAUAAACUCUCUCGGUGAAUGGCAGCUGUGACGGGUCGUGCUAUUACUUCCAUUCAAUGUUCUCGUUGUCGGCAGGCCACACUCGGAAAAAUCAAAACACCUUAUAGUGAACGCGAAUCCCCAUGAGCGUAGCAACGCCCACUGCCCGCUCAGCUAGUGCCCACCAGCGAAAUGAAGCAACUGACCACGCUUCGCCAGCAACUUGCCAGAUAGAUAACCGUUAACACAACGCGAAAGUAGACUUUGACUCCCAGUUUUAAAUUGGCGGGGCUAUGUCGACACGCACAACGGAAUCUAGUGCCUCCCGAACAACAAAAAAAGUAGAUGUGACGUAAACCACACAUUCAUUCGGCUUUUUGGUCGGUACAGGCCAGCGAGAACAUUACGAAGAAUUUUCACUGUGAAUAAUCGAGCGUUUUACGGACCCUCGAACCAGAACGCUAGCUCACGUAAUUGCCUUCUGUUCGCAUGCGCAACUUUGCCAAUCGCAGAUACGGAAGCUGUAUCAAAGAAACUUUAAAGCUUGUUUGCAUGGGGUCCCCCACUAUGCCGCUUGAUCAAGCGACGUCCACCAAAAGGAAGGAAUUCUGCUUUCCGCCCGUUUGGAUGACCGUGUAGUCAGCGUCAACUAGGCCCAUUGUCGUCACUCUGACCAAUGCCCGUGGAGAUUGUUCCCCAACACAACAGUGGGUUCGACUUUUCUACGCCGUGUACUGAGCUCGGUACUUCGCUUGUGGAUAUGACCUCGUUGCUGAGCUACAUAACAUUCAGUCAGUGGGGCGUGAGCAGUUCAGACACUACCAUUGUCGGACCUUCAUCGAACGAAGAGCACUCGUACAACGUUCGCUUUCAGCAGGGCGCGAAUUCAACGUGAGAGGCGACCCUCCUUUGAUUUUGCUUCCUUUACAGGAGACGCCAUCAGACUUGUAGGAGUCACAGUUAAUGAGGUACUGCAGAACCUCAGCGCGGUGGUGUUUGCUCUUAGCUUGACUUGAACGGACCGGGCCGGCCAUCUGCCAAGUCCGAAAGGUCUUUGAGUAAACCGAGUAGUAACGGCCCCAUCGCUUGCCGACCGCCAUCAACUCCCUUGGCUUGUGCAGCAUUGUCUAGCAUUUGCUGUAGCUCGCGGGCUUGCGCCCGCUCUUCAGCGGUUGGUGGUAGCGGUCUUGGUCUUCUUGGAUGCCUCUGCCUUGGUUGCCUUCCUUCUGCAUCACUCCCACUCUCCGACAGUGGUGGACCUUGUGGUUCCCUCACCGAGAUACUGGCUGGAAAACCGCCUUCUCCGCUGCUGACUGUACCCGUUCGCACAGGGGACGGAAGCGGUUCUGGGAAAGGACUACCAGAAGGAGCCUGAGGAGGCGGAACAUGUGAAGGGCUCUGGAAAAGCCACUCGUAUAGCCGAGAGGGAAGUGACCGAGGACCGCCGCCAGGUUCCUCACCGUUACCUUCAACAGCGAGGCGGCGCAGCCGAGAACCAGCCUGCAUGCUCGGUUCAGCUGUGGUGUCAGCGGUCGUUCCGUGGAUAGCGCAGACGGCGCAAAGGAACAGUGAUGACAUCAGUUGUAGGACUCUCAUCGUGACAGAUCGUCGUCGUUCCUUCGCUGGCGUUCAGCACCCGGUGAUUUCGUAAUGAACCGACCACCUCUAUACAGUGUUGACCUGCGAUUCACCGGAAGUCGCUGGACUAGAAUCCGAUUCAUUCACCAGCAAAAUCUCCUGAUUGGCAAGCGCUAAGCACCCGCAAAAUGCACCUUGAGUGGCACCACAACAAGACGCCGCCGACCUACUUCUGUCAGUUUUUUUCGGCACCAUGCGCCACGACAAUCUUCAUUUCCACUCUCCCCCAGAACAAGGCAACAACCUGUUUCGCUACUGUGGAUGCAGCCGACAGUGCUGUGGUGAAAGCGUGUUAACACCUUGAAGAAUGCACAGACGUCACGCCACAAGCUUGAUCUGGUCCGGUGCGCCGGAAACAGGCUCACGACUCAUUUGUGUCGGACGGUCAGCGGUAAACUGUCGAAUUGACAACAAAAGGCCGACGCGGAUUUCCGAAAAACACAGCCUUCCACAGACAAGUGCAGGAAAGGCUAGACGCAUGGAACGGACGAACGUGGGGAAGCAGAAAUGAAGAAUAUGUGACUUCGCCUGCACAGGUAACCGGUGGGAGUCGUGUCUCUCCCUUCCCCCACAAUGGUACCGCAUGUGGCUGCUGGCGUCCGUCCCAUCGCCUCCUUUUGCACAUGAGCUAGCUAGCGCGUAAAUUCAUCCGGAUCCAAAGAUCGACACCAAAUCGAGUAUCGAUGCGGCAUCCCUAGACAACAACUCCCCAUAGAAUUGGUUGUUAGGCGUUUUUCCUGAGCACACACCACGAGAGCCUGACACUGGCGGCGUGGUUAUGAGAUGCCCUGUCGAAAUUCUGUUUCUUUUUUUUGGAAACAAGUGAACUGUUCAGUGACAGCAGGCUCCGUAAGCACUCUCUGAGCAAGUUGCACGCCAAGAAACGGCGACAGCUGCCGAGUGUAGGUUUGCAUCUGCGGCAAAAACUGGAGACUAAGAAAUCAAUCCAUAGCGCCUCAGGGAGAUACGUAUCAGGCGAUUGAUAAGGCUCGGGAAUUGUGCGGUGGAAGUUCAAAACAUGUCGCUGGAACUGACUUCGGGAGUAAAGACGGCCGGCGGGCACAGACGGGGUAUACGGUAGCGAGUCGGUUGAAACAGUUUGGAAACGUUUUUCGUUGUGUGGCAGGCCUGGAGAGAGCAAAUUGGCCCCACAGCGCCGCGUUCAAUGUCUGUGGCCCGUUGAAGUACCGAGGUGAACCGGCUUCUUACCCACGUUGACCCGUCCGAACGUACGGCGCGCUUUACGUCUCGUCAUCGAACACUUUCCAUGACGUGGCGAAUGUUCGUAACGUGCACAUCGAAAAAAACGGGAUAUGCCAUGGAGCGCAAGCAUUAAAUACGGGCUAGAGGGACGUUUCUCACUUUUUGUGGUUCUUUGUGGCGUCCGGGCGUCCCCAGGUUGACGCUACUGCGUGCAUUUUUCUGGCUUCCGCUUGUCGUCAACUGAUACCCUCCAUCUUUGAGUCUGAACGGCUCAUGUGUGCUGAGCUGUUGUAUUUCUUCGCUUUAUAGACCGUCCGGUCUGAGACUUCACCUGCGUAACGGCGAAGUCGGUGACGGUGCUUGGAAUUAUGUCGUUUUCUGGUCGUACAGAGAACGGCAGUGGUUUUCGGAGGCAGCCUGCUGAUGGCCCUACUCUCGUCAAAAAUCCGUCAGGACACGAGCGUGUGUACUACAGGGAGAAACUCUUGGUGACGCCCUGUUCUCAGCCAGGAGUCCCUCUCGCACUGUACCUGUCAAGUGUUAAUCGUCCUGCUCACUCCUCAUCAAAGCAAGCAUCCCUUCCUCCGGAGCAGAGCUGCACUCGGAGUAAUUUUUGCAAUUGGCCAUCUGGCGACACACAAGAGAGGCAAAACAGCCCGUCUGGACUUUCCUCAGUUGAGCGAAACCCAAGUUUUGGUUCGGCCACACCUGAAGAACAGCGCUGUCGGGGGAACAUGGCAAGGUCGAACAGGGAGACCGUUUGCCAACGGUGGACGACGAGAUUCAAAGUGUCGGCCCCUAAGGUCUCUGAAUACGGCGCAUUCUCUGAUAACGAACUUAUUAACCUACAACUGACCCAGAGAGACCUGGAGGAGCUGAUGGCGCUGAUUCGGCGGGAGCAAGAGACGAGGUUACAACAGCGGGUGCAGCAGAAUAGAAACCUUGAAGCGGUGGUGGCGGAGCAACGUCAGCAGAUUCGUAUACUUUCUUUGGAGUUGAAGAGGACCCAGGAUGCUGUAGAAGAGAAAACGUUUCUGCUUGACACCGAAAAACGCAAAAGUGAAGCUCUUGAACGCCAGCUGAGGAUGCUGAGGAAGCUUCGACAAUCCGAGAAGCAAGAACAACAUGCGAAUCUGAAAGAUUCGGAGAGCCGGCUGGAAAAAGAUCUCGAGAAGUAUGUGGAAGCUGCCCACAUUCAGGGCUUGUCAUUUUUUGACAGAACAACAGAAGAUGGGACACGUGAGGCGGAUCAUUCUCCCGGCUCUUUCCCAUCCUUUACGGAAGGUGGAAAUUCUCCCACGUCCGGUGUCGCUGGUGAUGAACAGAUGGUUCAUGUAGAGGGACCCACUGUGGUUGAGGAGGCUUGGUAAGAUGACAGGUAUAUUGAAGAGGUACUGGUCGCGCUGUAGACCCGUGAAAACGGGGAAGGUGCUGCGGAAGAGGUUGCCGGGAUUUCGGGAGUUUAGGUAGGCGCCCACUUUAAAAACAGGUUUUCGUUGCGUAAACCGUCUCGCACGCGCGACAUCGGCUCACGGAGUGAUCGAGGAAACUCAACUCUGGACAAAGAUAUGAACACCUCCCACAAAAGUUGCUCUCGCUCAUACCGUUCGAGCCCGUUCCUAAAACGCCCACGGGUGAACUUAGUCUUAUAGUGAUGACUCGUGUGGGACUGAUCACGCCGGCAGUCCCGACAUACGCUAAGCCGGACACUUAAUUUGGAACUAUGCUACGGAAGUGCAUUGUGUAGUUUCUGUAACGGCUACUAUGGCGUCGCAGGACGUGUGCGUAUGUUGGAUUCACAUGCUUGGUGAUGAGCCGAAGGUGCUGUAUGACACGCUGAUGAGAACUUGUGUGCAAAACGCGGCCGACGAGGUUAUCAUCCCUUAAGGUACCCAGAUGUGCCCACUUUUUGGACCGAUUAAAGAGCAAUUGGCCGGUGCCUUGUCAUUGAGCAGGUGGCGACAUGUAGGGGAACGCUUCGUACUGUUUCGUCUCAUAUCCGGCUCUGGAAGGGUACCCGAGUCGUUCCAUGAGUGACCACUGUGCAACAUCGCGACGAAUGAAAAUUCGGUUCUCUCAAAUGUUAUCCAGUUUAUCGAGAAGGCGUGAUACGUACCUGACGUAUUAUUGGCACUGUGACCGCAGUCU